CUUCUGUGCCGACCACAACAUCAACACCACCACCACCACCACCACCACCACCACCACAGACCCUGCCACGAGGGUCGCAGCCCGCCCCCCAACACAAAAAGGAAAUGGCGCGGAGACGAAGACCACCGCGCUCGGGCGCCCUGACGGAGCUGCCGCCGCUGCGCAUCCUCGGCCAGAUCGCCGCCCUGCAGGCCCUCUACUACUUCGCCGCCCUCGUCCUGAUGCUCUUCACGGCCCUCGUGUCCGGGCGCGGGUUCUCGCUCGACCUGGUGCUGGGCUGGUCCGCAGUCAGGGGGGACACGACGCAGGGCUGGCUGAACGCCUUCAUGUGGAUACUGGAUGGGGGCUUGUUCAUGGCCGUCGCCAUGGUCAUGAUCGUGAUCCGCUCCAAGCUCGUCCUCGACUUCGGCCUCACCACCCACUUUAUCCACCUCGUCGUCGUGUCCCUGUACGCCGGCCAGAUCCCGCGCAACGUCUUCUGGUGGGUCGCCAUGGCCCUCUCCAGCGCCCUCGGCGUCUCCCUCGGCGUCUGGGGGUGCCAGUACAGGGAGCUACGGCCCGUCUUCUUUGGUGGCGGUGGGGGGGCCUCCUCCGGGGCUGGCAGAAAUAACAACAGCAACAACGGCAGCAGCAGCAACAACAAUAAUAAUGCGAAUGGGAGCGCCGCCGGCGGUGCAGGCGAGGGCAGCAGCCAGGCGGCGGACGGCGAUGAGGAGCAGGGGUUUUCGAGAGGCAGGGGCCGGGGGAGGGGCAGAGACGGCGCGGGCGAGUAUGAGAUGGUCAAGAUGAACGGGGCGUCUUCAUGAUGCUGCGCCUGCAGGAAGGGUUGUGUUCGAACUCUGUUAUUUUGCCUGAGACAAACCGCGGGGCAUCACGGUGCGGGCAAACUGCUUGGAGAGGCUGGCUGGCUGGCUGGCAUGGCGUUGUGAGGGCUUGAUGAUACUGCAUAGACCGGCGUUUGGAUUACAUGGGCUAGAUCACGAAUCAGCAGGGCAGAAAUGGGCUUCCAUCAAUGAUAGCAGGCGCCAGGAUGAUGGGCACUGGUUUCCAGAAUUCAAGGUUGAUGUCUUGGACGGUUGUGGUCAGUGCCGACCCAGCAGCCUCCAUAAGGCUGUAAGGGCGGCCCUGUGUUUUUGAGCUGCAAACAAUAUGCUUUUCCAUGCCAUGCAGAGUUCGUCAGUGGGCCCUACACCGUAGGGUCUUGGUAGACAGACUAUCUACUUGGACGCCCACGUCACGUUUCAUAUGA